GUCAACAAAUAUCGAUGGUGUAACAACAUUUAAAAUACGUAGAUUUUGUUGCGGUUUCUACUAUUAAAUAAGCGAACUGAAAUUACUGAAAGUCUGUUCAUUUAUUUGAGUUGAGUAUAAAGGGUAUAAAAGACACAUCGAAUUGGAUUUGAUGGCGCAAGAGCAUCGGCAAGAGCAGCAAGUUGAAGAGGAUGUCGAGGAAGAUGCCUAUGGCGCACCGCUUCUUGUGAAAAAACUUCAGGAUUGUGGUAUAAGUAAAAGUGACGUUGAGAAGCUUGAGGCUGCUGGUUUGUACACAAUUGAGGCUGUUGCUUACUCAUCCAAGAGACAUUUGACAAGAAUAAAGGGAAUAAGUGAUGCAAAGGCUGACAAGAUUCAACAAGAGGCAUAUAAAAUAAUACCUAUGGGCUUCACAACUGCCACUGAAUUUCAUGCAAAAAGAUCAGAACUGAUUACAAUCACAACGGGAUCUAAAGAAUUGGACAAAUUACUUCAAGGGGGAAUUGAAACUGGUUCAAUAACAGAAAUAUUUGGCGAAUUUCGUACGGGGAAAACUCAACUUUGCCAUACUUUAGCAGUCACUUGUCAGCUUCCUAUUGACAUGGGAGGAGGAGAAGGUAAAGCAAUCUAUAUUGAUACAGAGAAUACAUUCCGACCAGAAAGACUUAUUGCCGUGGCAGACAGAUAUGGUCUUAGUGGCUCGCAAGUAAUGGACAACGUGGCGUAUGCUAAAGCGUAUAAUACAGAGCAUCAAUCCCAACUAUUGCUCAACACGUCAGCGAUGCUUUCCGAAUCAAGGUACUCCCUAGUCAUUGUAGACAGUGCUACCGCGCUGUACCGGACUGAUUAUCAAGGGCGCGGUGAACUUGCUGACCGUCAAAUGCAUUUGGGAAGAUUUUUGAGGACAUUACUGCGGUUGGCAGAUGAGUUCGGCGUUGCUGUAGUUAUAACAAAUCAAGUCGUGGCUCAAGUGGACGGAGCUUCCGUAUUUCAGACUGACCCAAAGAAACCAAUAGGAGGACAUAUUAUGGCCCAUGCUUCCACUACAAGGUUAUACCUACGAAAAGGUCGUGGCGAAACAAGAAUUUGUAAAAUAUACGACUCUCCUUGUCUACCCGAAGCUGAAGCAAUGUUCGCAAUUAACCCUGACGGUGUGGGGGAUGCUAAAGAAUGAAUGAAUUGGAUUGCUGUGUACACGUACAAAAUGUCGCCUUGAUGCACAUGCACUCGAUAUAUAUGUUCAGGAUGAACGGGACAGUUACACAAAAUGUAGUUCAAAUUAAGUGGAUGCAUGUGGCUGGUGCGAAAGUUAACCAACCACGAUUAAGGAUUCUGAAGAUUAACUGAAGUUUGAUUGACUAACGGUUAAAGUGGAAGUCCAAGUGGAAGUCAAGUCUACGCAUCAGUUCUGCUCAAAACAAUGUGAAGUCCUCCGAUAGAAAUUUUCCCCAAAUUUCGCAUGUUUCGAAUUUUUCUCAUCAAAAACACUAGUUUAUAUUCAUAGGUAUAACGAGCUUAAAUGUUGUUAGAUAUUCAGACAACAUAACGUAUUUCAAAAAGUAUAAAAGUUUAAAAUGUCAACAAACCGAUUGUUUACAUACGGGGAUUUUACUUCCACUUUGAAGGAAGCUGGGUGGCCUGAAAAUAUUGUUGUGAAGACAAUGUUGUUUCUUGACAAUGAUUUUACCAUGUAUUCCACAAUGGGCAAAUACGAAAAGAAUGUUUUCGUGGUAAAGCUUGAAUAACAGGAAAUGUUUCUGAAUUUGUUACGAAACAUUUUUGUUACUCGGAAACAAAUGUUGUUUCCGCAAAAAUAUCUGCUGGGCUUACUAAGAAGUUUGUUGUUGCAAUUGCGUUUGAAGAAUGUUUGGUUUUCAUAAAGGAAGAGAUUUUGCCGAAAAGUUUUGUUCGCGUACAUCAAGGGAGUUGAACAAAGUUCUUGUAUAGUGCCUUGUAAAUAAGGUCAAAAUUUUGCGUGCAAUUAAUGUGUGAUGCGGAGCGGCACGAGCGCGUUUUUGUCUAAAUUUCGAAUAAAUUUUUAAACUUCAAAGGAACUUUGGUUGUUGUUUGUCGUGUUGUAUUUUGCUGUUUUUCAUGAACUUCA